GGGGGGGGGUAAAGGCGGAGUUGGGGGGGGAUUGUCAGCUGGAGAACCAAUGAAGCAAGUAAGGGGAGGGGUGUCGUUGUGACGCCUUCAGCACGGCGUGCGCUGUUUUGUAACCCGGAAGAGAUGUGUGUGUGUUUCGGAAGUGUUAGUGGAGGGGCUUGUUCUAGAGUUUGAGUGGUAGCCGAUCCUUCGUAUCGUUGUCGCAAUGUUUCUGACUGGAAUUGCCCUGGCCAAGAGCAAAUCCAAGGUUAUUCUUGUGAGGAUGUUGAGUGAAGCAGGAACGGGCUGUUCUUUCAACACAAGAAGACAACGGGUUGGAGAAAAGCUGGUCAUGUUGAGAUAUGACCCAUUUGUUAAGAAGCAUGUUCUUUUCAAAGAGCAGAGAAAGAUCCGUUCCAUCUAGAUGACAACUGAAGUAUUUGAUUCAAAGAUGAGGUAGACUUGAGAGAGAGAAUGUCAAGUUAGUGACUCUGAGGAUUCUCAAAAAGCAGUGGAAAUGAGCUGAGAGGACAAGUCUCCUGGAAUUUGAAGGCUGUCAUGCACAAGAACAGCGUGGGAAAAGAAAGUUCUUGGUGUCUGGCUACAGAUCAUCACAUCAUUAGUUUAUUUAUCUUUUGACAUAUUUUUACAGUUCCCAAUUUUAAAAAAAUCAACAAAUCCCAUUGUCUGUGUGCUUCAUUUCUGUGCUGAUUUGGACCUACUAGCAUUUUUCAAAGGAACAUUAUUUCACAUGACAAUAAAACUUAAGUUUUUUAACUGGU